GCAAGUGUGAUCUUUGCGGUAAACAUCUUAAAUUCAAAGAUAUCUGUCAAAAUCAUGGAAAUGAACCAGAACGGACAACGGGCGGAAAGACGGCAUACCUGCAGCAUUUGUAACAAGGCAUUUUCCACCAAUACUCACCUGCUGAGACACAUCCGGUGUCAUACCGGGGAAAAACCUUAUAAAUGUGACCUGUGCGACAAAGCGUACCGGCAGCAGGGUGAUUUGAGCCAACACAAGCGCACACAUUCCGGUGAAAGACCAUUCAAAUGUAAAAUAUGCGACAAAAGCUUCACGGGAAAGAGCCACCUGAACCGCCAUGAGCGGUUACAUUUGGACAACCUGUCGGAUAAAUUCGUCUGCGACGUGUGUGGCAAGGCGUGUGGAUACCGGAAAAUGCUCGAGUGUCACAUGAAGCUUCAUCGUGGUGAAGAACCCUUUAAAUGCGAAACCUGUGGCAAAAAUCUGAGCACGCUUUCUAGAUUGAACGAACACCGGAGACGGCACACUGGGCAAGAUUUGUUCAAGUGUGAAAUUUGUGGUAAAACAAUGGUAAGUAAAACUAACCUGAGACUCCACGCGAAAGUACAUGCAAGAGACACGGGAGAAGAAGGACACAAGUGUAACGUUUGUGGUAAAAUGAUGCUAAGCAAAGCCAACCUGAAACUCCACGAAAAAAUACACACGAGAGAGGAACAGCACAAGUGUGUCAUUUGUAGCAAAGUAUUCAUAUACAAAGCAAGCUUGCAGGACCAUAUGGCAAUCCACACCGGUGAACGAUCGAGCAAAUGCGACAUUUGCGGGCAGGAGUUUACUUUGGAAUCAUACCUGCGAAGGCAUAAGAUGACGGUGCACAGCACUGAACGACCGUUCAAAUGUGACGUGUGUGGCAAAGGAUUUGCCUAUAAUUUUAAACUGCUCAGUCACGUUCUGAUUCAUUCCGCAGAGAAGGCCUUCCAAUGUGACCAGUGCGGAAAAGCAUAUCGCCAACCGGAAAAUCUGUACCGACAUAAGCUGACUCAACAUGCUGCUGGAUCAGCGGACGGGCUACCGGCGAUGCCGGAGAUCAAGAUCGAAGGUUUUUAAAACACUGCUGGAUCGUUG